CCGAUAAAUGCUGUUUAUGAAGAUGGACCUGUUGAACUACCAGUACUUGGACAAGAUGAACAACAAUAUUGGCAUUCUGUGCUAUGAAGGCGAAGCAGCUCUAAGAGGUGAGCCCAGAAUGCAGUCUCUUCCAGUAUCCUCUGCUCUAACCAACCACCGAACAGGCCCUCCUCCCAUCAGUCCCAACAAGAGAAAGCUCAGCAUGGACCAAGGGGAUGAUGAGCUAGACUGUGAAAACGACCAUGUUUCUAAAAUGAGUCGAAUGUUCAAUCCGCAUCUAAACAAGACUGCCAACGGAGAUUAUCGGAAGGAGCACAGAGAGAGGAGUCGCAGCCCAAUAGAGAGGGCUGCUGCCCCAACAAUGAGCCUUCAUGCCAAUCACAUGUACGCCUCAAUCCCAAGCUUGACCAUGGAUCAACCUCUAGCACUGACCAAAAACAGCAUGGAUGCAACCCGAACAGUUGGCAUCACACCUACACUGACUUCUGUGGAACGGCAGCAGAACCGUCCAUCCGUAAUCACCUGUGCUUCUGCGAACAACCGGAACUGUAACCUCUCCCAUUGCCCCAUUGCUCACAGCGGCUGCGGUUCAGCAAUGCCUGCCUACAGACGACCCUCCAGCACUACCACUGCCUGUGACCCGGUGGUGGAAGAGCACUUCCGCCGAAGCCUUGGCAAGAAUUACAAGGAGCCUGAGCCAGUGGCAAACUCGGUGUCCAUCACAGGAUCAGUUGAUGACCACUUUGCCAAAGCACUUGGGGAUACGUGGCUGCAGAUCAAAGCUGCGAAGGACGGAGUCUCCAGCAGUCCCGAGUCUGCUUCGCGGCGGGGCCAGUCUUCCCCUUCCUCUCAUAUGGUCAAUCAUAAUCACUCGCCCUCCGUAGUCUCAUGA